UUUAUUUUGCAUCUUACAUCACGUUUCUAAUUAUUUUUAUUCUAAUGAUUCAAACUUAUUGAAAAAGUCAACAAAACUCAUCAUCAACAAAAAUCAUCAUUACAGUUUUUUUCGUUGAAAGAACAUUUAACCUACUUCAUGAAGGCUAUGAGCUAUAAGUUGAAAAAUGUUGCAAGCGUCGUUACUUAACCCAUGCGUGAGCGAGAAACUCUAAAUUUUUUCUAUAUUUUGAAUAUUAUUUACUAUAUCUAAGUCAGCUGAGAAUAAAAUAUACGUUUGAGUGCAAUUUGGAAUUGCAUACAAAGAAAAAUGGGAAGCAACCACCAUUCUUCUACGCGGUUACGGUAGUCACCGUUACCGGGUCACCGGAACGUCUUGCGCAUGGCAUCCACGUAUUCGGCAAUUCGCGCGCGUCUCUAUCUCCGCUAUUGUUUCGGAGUCGGAGAACCGCUUGAACAGCAUCAUCAAAAUAUAUAUAUUGAACAAUAUUGUCCUGUAGGUGGUAAGCCGAAAGCUUCCGUUAUAUAAAAAGAAAGGACUUUGGUGAAGAUUUCUUUCCAAUUUAAAACGAUCGUUAUAAUAUCAAAUAUAAUAUUUGAAAAAAGUAAAAUAGAAAUACGAAAUAAGACUACGAAUAUGCCAUAUACCGAAGAUUACAUUAAACAAAAAUUGCUCCAAGAGCUGGAAGCAUCCCACGUUCGUGAUUGCUCUCUCGCUAUGCACCGAGCGAUAUAAACGUGUUUUAACCACGGAACAUUUAAGGAGUAUCGAGGAUAACAAAACACGAGGGGUAUCGCAUAUUUGUUCACUAAAGUGUUUCAAUUUGGAGCAAAAUCAUGGGUGAAAAAGUGCGAACGUUUGCGAUUGUGGGGAUUGCUGUUAUGUUAAGAUGGUGCGUAACGUACCAUCCUUACAGUGGUCAAGGAAAACCACCGAUGUACGGAGACUACGAAGCUCAACGUCAUUGGCAAGAAAUAACAAAGAACUUGCCGAUACAACGUUGGUACACCAAUAGUAGCGACAAUGAUCUUCUAUACUGGGGCUUGGACUAUCCGCCAUUGACGGCUUAUCACAGCUUCGUCAUGGGACAUGUGGCUGAUAAAAUGGAUCCUCAAUGGGUCGAGUUGUACCAAUCGCGUGGCUAUGAAUCCCAAGAUCACAAGUACUUCAUGAGACUGUCCGUCAUAGCGGCAGAUGUCCUUUUAUACAUUCCUGCUCUAGUUUACUUUGUGCGCAAAGCAACGGUCCAUGAAGGAACACUGGCUCGAGGCGAAUCGAGCAAUAUAUUCGGCCUGAAAAAGGAUGAUUAUAUUCUGUCAACGGCUCUCAUUUAUCCAGGAAUAAUUCUCAUCGACCAUGGCCAUUUCCAGUACAACUCCAUCUCUUUGGGACUUUUCAUAAGCGCUGUAGCUCUAAUUCUGCGGAAUUACACGAUCAUGUCGUCUCUCCUUUUCGUCCUUGCGUUAAAUUACAAGCAAAUGGAACUCUAUCAUGCUCUACCAUUUUUUUUCUAUAUUCUUGGCAACAAUACACCAGGCAAGAGAAAAUCUCUCUUAUCCUGCAUUCGUUCCCUCAUCUGCGUUUCUCUCACGGUUAUACUCACUGUCAUCGUCAUUUGGACGCCUUUUAUCCAAAAAUGGGAAGUUUUCAAAGAUGUUCUUACCAGGCUCUUUCCAUUGGAUCGUGGAGUGUUUGAAGACAAAGUUUCCAACGUAUGGUGCGCAGUGAAUGUAUUUUACAAAAUUCGUAAUAGCUUAUCGAACAUUCAACUCGCUCGUUUGUGCUUGGUCGCGACGAUGCUUUCCAUCCUACCCAGUUGCUUGAAUCUUUAUCUCAAACCACACAAAGAAAGAUUCGUCCUUUCUCUUAUAAAUUGCUCAUUGGGUUUUUACCUUUUCUCUUUCCAAGUACACGAAAAAUCCAUUCUUCUCGUAGCCAUUCCAGUCGUCAUGUAUUUCCAUCGUGAUCCGUUGCCCUGUUUUUGGUUCCUAACAAUAUCAACUUUUAGUAUGUUACCAUUGCUCAUCAAAGAUGAUCUCGUUUUGGCCUAUUUUUCUCUCAGUUUCUUCUACGCUGUUGCAGUCUAUAUAAUGUGGGCCAAAGAACUAUCAAAUUCAACUAUCAGAGACAAAGAAACCGUUGGUAAAAGUAAAACGAAAAUGCAUCGAGACACUCAGCUGAGUCAAAGAAAAUUCCGGAUUAAACAGAGCGGUAGAACGCGGUUCGCUGACUCGAGAGGAUGGCCGCAUCGUCUUUACGAUAAAUUUCAACAUUUUCUCGGGAAAGAUUUCUUAACGACCAAAAUAUUGUUGUACUUGUCAGUUCUUAAAAUAACAACUUUCUAUUUGUCUCUCAUUGGAGCUCUAUUUCUCUCCAUAGCCAGUAUUGUCCUCACUCCACCGCACAUUUAUCCCGAUUUAUUUGCUCUUCUCAUCUCGAUUUAUUCCUGUAUACACUUCGUCGGAUUCUUCGUCUAUUUCAAUUACAAGCAAAUCUACGGUUUGCAAAAACAUUCCGGUAAAUCAAAGUCCCAUUGAAAAUUCGUCAAGUUCAAAAGGUUUACGUACAAAGUGCGUUCCUUGGUUUUAACGAACGUGCUGUUGUGUCACGAAAAGUGGAAUAAUCGUUACGUGAAUACGAUAGAUCAAUAUUCAUUCGAAACCAUCGAUCAGAGUCGGUGCAGUGGUACAUUUUCAAUAACUCAUUUUAGUCGAUAUUCAAACGAUCGAUUUGUAGCGACGUUUAUUAAAAAAUUGUUGAACGUGUGUUGUGAUUGUUUAAAAGUUUCGACGAAACGUAGCUCAAAAACUGUGUCAUCGAAGUUUGCAUUUUUUGAACGUAACUAAUGAUCUAUAAAAUUCGUCAAUUUUUCCUCCAUUUUUAAUGUCUCUCCUGCCCCAAAUUCGACAUUAGUACAAAUCAAUUCUGUGGCACGGGAUAAAAGGUGAUUAUUGGGUCGCGUGUCAAAGCUGCAAACUUCAGUACCAUAAAACAAUCGUUAAACUGUUGUUAACCUUCUUCGCUUGUUCGUCUAACCACUGAACCAAUGCUUCAUCAGCAUUCUACCUAAGAACAAACUUUUUGAAAUAAUUCACGAAAAUUUGUAUGCCAAAUUGUAGCCCAUCGUUAACGAAACAUUAGAUAUUUACAUCAUGUAUCUCGUAGCAUAAUUUAUUACAAUUUUUUGCACAAGUAAUCAUCGUCUCCCUGCAAUAUAAUAACCAAACUGAUUUUAAUCUACGACAUUACGUCUAAAGCUCAAAAAAUGCUCUUAGGGAUGUAUGAGAUGGAUAAUCACGAUGUUAAACAUAAAAAUUGUACCGAUAGCCUUUCGUUCUAUCUAGUAGCAAAAAUAUCAUUAUCCAAGCCAAAAUGUAUUUUUCAUUCCAUAGAUCGUAGUAGCCAUUUUUUCAUUCGAUCAAAUUUAUCAUCGAAUUAAGAAAAAAUACAAUUUUUUUUUUUUUUUUUUUUUUUCACGUAAAAUUAAAUCAAGACUUUGAAUGGAAAAACAUGGUUUCAGAAACGAUUCGAUUUCUCAUACGUCCUUAACGAUGCGACAUUAGUCAUGUAGUUUUUAUCGAAAUUUCGAUAUAAAUUUGUUUUGACGUUUGUCAUGACCGUUUAUAAAGUGGAUGUGAAACUUAUUGUUGGAACAAGUAGAGACUUUUUCCUUGGAAAUUUGGUUCCAGCAAAUAGUCGAAGAGCGUCAUAGGCUGAUAUGAAUAUUGUAUAACGUAAAUAUCGCGUGAUUAAUGGAAUUUUGAGAGUGAGAGAAGGUCUAGUCGUGUCAAGUUAUACAUUGCGUUGAACUGUUGAUGGUUGAAACGGAUCUUGUAUCACUUUUUAUAUAAGGUGAAAAAAAAAGAAGAAGAAAAAAGAGUUUCUUUUCAACUUAUUCUUUCAUUCUUUUUAUCCUUCAACUUCUGAAUAAAAUAUUUAAAUUAUU